AUGAUUAGUUCAAUUGUGUUUAUAAAUCAUAAGGGAGAAAUCCUUAUUUAUAGGGUCUAUAAGGAUGACAUCACAAGAAGUGAGACUACACAAUUUUGUGCUAAAAUAGUGGCCACAAAAGAAAAUAAGGAAUGUCCAAUAAUCAAUAUUGAUGGAACAUCAUUUAUCCAUAUUACAAUAAAAGACAUUGUAGUAUUAGCCACAACAAAAGUAAAUGUAAAUGUAGCAAUGACCUUACAAUUUCUUUAUUAAUUAGUUAAAGUGUGCAGAGCUUACUUUGGAGGAGAGUUUGAUGAAAAUUGUAUAAAAAAGCACUUUGUGCUAAUUUAUGAAAUUCUGGAUGAAGUAAUGGAUUAUGGUGUACCAUAAAUAGCAGAUGCAGAUCUUUUGAAAAAAUACAUUUAAGAAGGAGGACUGAAGCCAGAAUUAAUGAAUGACGUAGAAAAGUUGAAACAAUUGACUUCUUAGGCAACUGGAGCUACAUCUUGGAGGCCACCAAAUCUUGUGUAUAGAAAGAACGAAGUGUACUUGGAUGUCAUAGAGAGUGUGAAUGUGUUGAUGUCAGUGAAGGGGACAAUCUUGAAGGCUGACGUGGCAGGAUCAAUUUAGGUGAAAUGCUUAUUGUCUGGAAUGCCAGAAUGUAAAUUUGGAAUGAAUGAUAAAUUGCUAAUGUAGAGAGAACCUCGUAAGCCCGGUUAAACGACCACAGACAAAGGUAUUACAAUUGACGAUCUGAAAUUCCAUCAAUGUGUCAAAUUACCUAAGUUUGAUAAGGAAAGAGCAAUCACAUUUAUUCCACCUGAUGGUUAAUUUGAGUUGAUGACUUAUAGGAUUACUGAGAAUAUUAAUUUACCCUUCAAAAUCAUGCCUGUAUAUAAUGAGUUAGGUAAAAACAAAUUGGAAAUUCGAGUCAAAAUUAAAUCUAUUUUUGAGAAGAAUCUCUUUGCUACAAAUUUAGCCAUAAAGAUUCCAGUGCCCAAGAAUACUGCAAAUGUUAAUACAAAUUCAGCAAUCGGGAAAGCCAAGCAUGAACCAGAUUAGCAAGGAGUGAUUUGGAGAAUAAAGAAGUAUCCUGGAGACUUUGAAGCCCUAUUACGUUGUGAAAUCGACUUAGGUUAAACAACUAAUUAAUAGCCUUGGAUUAAGCCACCCAUUUCAAUGGAGUUUUAGGUGCCCAUGUUUACAGCAAGUGGAUUGAGAGUAAGAUUCUUGAGAAUCUAUGAAAAAGCAGGAUAUAAACCAACGAAAUGGAUUAGAUAUAUCACCAAAGCUGGUGAGUAUUUGCAUAGAUUGUGAAAUUACAAUAAUCCAAAAUAUAUUUAUCAAUU